AGUUCAUACUAUCAAUGUAUGUACGUCGUCUCGAUCAUUCCAUCUUACAUAUCACGUGACUAAUUUGAUUGCUCAAAUGGGUUUUAGAAUUAUAAAUUGAAAUAAUUGACAGUGAGGCUACUCGGACUAUCUUACUGAGUAUAUUUCAUGAACGAGAAAUUGUUGCUACUUUUAUCAAAAAUUUCCGAACUAUAUUACAUGGACACUAAUCCGCACCACUUAUCGUAUUCGCUUAUUCUCAUAGCUAUCAUCUUCUCUCCAUCACUCUCCCAGCGAUACACCAGGAACUCAUGGGCACUGCUACAGGUAGGCUGGCUGUAUACUCUAGGGGACUGUCGUCUAGGCGAGGGACCCGAGAUGGCUCGAUAUGAUUAUUCUCCCGAAUGGGAGAACGAGCUAGAGGGUAACAUCGACUUUGAGCUUUACGAAGGGAUGAACGACGAAAUGCAACGUAUCGUGCAAAUGGCUGGUGAUAACGCCACUCUAGCUUACGAAUUAAUAUCGCAAGAGAUGCAAAAUAAGAAGGACCAGGGACUCGUACACGAGCAGACCUAUUCCCACGGCAUGUUUCGAGAACCGAUGAUCGCCUACCAGAUGCCUCGGAAGAUCAGCGUCGAUGAGGUGCGAAGGUUCGCAGAGCCCAUGGUCGCUCAUAUCUGGAAGAACUUCUACGAGCUGCAGAGUAUUGCCGAACGCUACGAAGCAUCUAUUCAGGAGCGAUGGGAAAAUAAAUCCGAGGCUGAGAGACGGGAUGCGUUGAACCAAGCUUGGGGUUUAUCACCGCCGAUGGCUCUGGAGCAUCGACCUGACUUGACGCACCUAAAGCACCAAUGCACCGGGCUCGUAUGCAAUGAGGGCAACAUCACCAAUGUCUCGAAGCGGCCCCAUUUCUUAUGGCCCAAUAUCAACCUCGAGGAUCUCAGCAAGACGGAGCCAUUCUUACUCUUGCUCAACGCUCGCGGUAGGAAUCCGCCGUCGACCUUUGCCUUUGCCGAGCUCGAACCGCUCGUAUUUGGUAUAAAGUCCGGUUCCUUGCGCAUACCUCCAUUUCUGAACGGGUGGAACAUGAAAUUUACGGGUAGAGAUGGUCCUGAUACUUACGGAGAGCUGGUCUCCUGGGAAGAUGACCCUGAUGCGCGUCAACGGUUGCAGCGCCGCCGCGAUGUAAGCCCCGGCGAAGGACUCUGGAUCCUCGAGAUACAGGACCGCCUGUACCGAUUCUUGCUCGAUGCGUGCAAGAUAAUCCUUCACGACUUGGACCUGGAAGACAGACAGAGUCGAGUCGAGCCGAAGCCCCCCGUCUCGAUCGCCAAGUACAAAGGCGACGUUGCUACCUCUCUCAUAUUCUCUCAAUAUGAGUCUAUUUACCUCGUACCGGCCAAGUUCGAUAUUGGACGGCUUCAGAAUCUCGUUGGCGCCAAGCUAUCUCAAGUCGAAGAUACCCUAUGGGCAUUACGUGAAGAUCCUGGGUUUUUCGCCUCUAGCCUCUUGGAGCUAUACCAUCACCGCCCCGAGCAUAUCCUUGACGUCAACGGCAAUAUCUAUCCAUCUGUAGCGACUGAGGAAGGCCGCGAAGAAGUGCUGGUCUCUACCGUUCGCUCUAUGCUAAGUUACUACUUGCCCGUUGCCGAGACUUGGUACCUCGUGUGCUUACUAGUUAACCGUCUCGCCGCGGUGAAAGAAAAUCUUUUUGAUCCCAUCGAGGCCGAUGCAUGGCCAGAAGAAGAAGACUUACUACUUGACGUAGAAGUGGCAUUUCGCUCGUUACGGCACCAUCUAGACCAUUUUCUAAAAGAGCUUCUCCCCGCAGUCAAUAGGUGGGCGCGCUGGUCACCGCCCAUCCAGCCCCUAUACCGACUGAACGUACCCGAAGGCCCGGACGCAAAGCUGAGCAUCACAACCGGUCCUACCGAGCCGAACCCGAUAGAAGCUGUUUAUCUUUGGGUGCUGCACAUGAUGGCCGACCCGGCCAACCUGAAAAACAUCGGAGUCAACUCGUGCGUCCAAGAGGUAGAGCGUAUCGCCCACGACCCGGAAGGCCGGAAGUUCUUCACGCCCUUUGUGGCAGAGCAGUUUUCCGACAUUUUCGUCAUGGCCGAAAGUAUACGCCAGAUAGGGCUCUUUCAACCGUGGGCAGCAACGUUCGAGACAACACCAAUAAAGGACGAGAGCGCGCGGAGAGAAAUAUCCGACGAAUUCAAGCUUACUGCGAAGAACCUUGGUCCCAUGUAUAAUUUCGAAUUACCUAGCAGCGCGGCAAAACUCGGCGCUAUUCUGACUAGAAUGAAAUAUCCCAUCGACGAACCUCUUAACGAGACCAACGUCGAGGCUAUGCGAGCGGCCGAGAAAAGUCUAGAUGCCUUCUGGGACGAGGUGGCAACCCAAGUCCGACAGGCUGAGCUCCGGAUUAAACUCGUACAUAAUGUACUGACAAAAAAGCCUAAGCGGACACGUCCGUGGGCCGAGCCAUCUAAUAAUAUCGGAGGAGAUACAGCCGGUAAAGUCGACAGCUCCUAUUCCUCACAAGCAAAGAUGCAGCAGCAGCUGCCCCCGCUAGAAGUCGACUCGCGCGCAAAAAAGGUCUUCGCAGCACUCUUCUACGUGCCAUCCACCACCAAGCCCUCACCCCGAGAGGAAAUUCCAUGGGAAGACUUCCUCUACGCCAUGCACCACGUCGGUUUUGAGAUCGAGGAGCUCGGCGGAUCGAACUGGCACUUUACCCCCGGACCGGCAUUACUAGAUCGAGGCUGGGUACACACGCCCGCUAUCCAGUUCCGCGAGCCGGGCCCUGGGGGGAAGAUAACGCGUCUUAUGGCGAGGGUAAACGGUAGGAGACUUGCUAGGUCGUAUGGGUGGAGUGGUGAGAUGUUUACUGUUACUGGAGAAGAUGGUGGGGAAUAAGGACGCUGGAGUGGUUUCAAGUAGCAAGAUGUUUGCGUGAGUGCGGGUUUUCUAAGAUACCCUUGGAUAUCUUUCUGGGAUGGUUGUUAUAAAGAAUUACGGAAUUUAAACGCCCAUUACAUUUUGAAAAUAGGUUCAUAGAGCUUUCCUUCGUGGCGUAUGCUUGUG